AUGCCUUCUCAUUUCGAUACUAUCCAAUUACAUGCAGGUCAAGAAGACGCAAGCACCAAUGCUAAUAAUCCAAAUGCUGUUCCAAUUUAUGCUACAACAUCAUAUGUAUUCAAUGAUUCCAAGCACGGUGCUCAAUUGUUUGGUUUAGAGACUCCUGGUUACAUUUAUUCCCGUAUUAUGAAUCCAACUGUUGAUGUCUUUGAAAAAAGAAUCGCUGCUUUAGAAGGUGGUAUCGCUGCUUUAGCUGUAUCUUCUGGUCAAGCUGCUCAAACUUUGGCCAUUACUGGUUUAGCUCAUGCUGGUGAUAAUAUCGUUUCAACAAGUUACUUAUAUGGUGGUACUUAUAACCAGUUUAAAGUCGCAUUUAAAAGAUUAGGUAUUAAUGUAAAAUUUGUUGAAGGUGACGAUCCAAAAGAUUUUGAGAAAUUGUUUGAUGAAAAGACAAAAGCUGUUUAUUUGGAAACCAUAGGUAAUCCAAAAUAUAAUGUUCCAGAUUUUGAAAAAAUUACUGAAGUUGCUCAUAAGCAUGGUAUCCCUGUCGUAGUCGACAACACUUUCGGUGCCGGUGGUUAUUUCUGUCAACCAAUUAAGUACGGUUGUGACAUUGUAACACACUCUGCUACAAAAUGGAUUGGUGGCCAUGGUACCACUGUUGCUGGUGCAAUUAUUGAUUCUGGUAAAUUCCCAUGGAAGGAUUAUCCUGAAAGAUUCCCACAAUUCUCAAAACCUUCUGAAGGUUAUCAUGGUUUAGUAUUUAAUGAUGCCUUUGGUCCAGCUGCUUUCAUUGGCCAUGUUAGAACUGAAUUGCUAAGAGAUUUAGGACCAUGUUUGGAUGCAUUCUCUGCUUUCUUAUUGCUACAAGGUGUUGAAACAUUAUCUCUAAGAGGUGAAAGACAUGGUGAGAAUACUUUAAAGUUAGCUAAAUGGUUGGAAAAGUCUCCUUAUGUUUCCUGGGUCUCUUACCCUGGUUUACCUUCUCAUUCUCAUCAUGAAAAUGCAAAGAAAUAUUUGUCUAAUGGUUUCGGUGGUGUUUUAUCAUUCGGUGUCAAGGAUCUACCAAAUGCCAGCGAUGAAAAGGAUCCAUUCAAGGCUUCUGGUGCUCAAGUUGUCGAUAAUUUGAAAUUAGCUUUAAAUUUGGCUAAUGUUGGUGAUUCUAAGACUUUAGUUAUUGCUCCAUACUUCACAACCCAUCAACAGUUGAAUGAAGAAGAAAAAUUAGCCUCUGGUGUCACUAAAGACUUAAUUCGUGUCUCAGUUGGUACUGAAUACAUUGAUGAUAUAAUUGCAGACUUCCAACAAUCCUUUGAAAAAGUCUUUGCAGGUCAAAAACCAUGA